AUGAGAGUUUCAACCAAUUGGUGCUUGGUGGUGAUCACCUCAUUAGCAAUUGCCCGUUUGGAAAAAGUCACGAAAAACGAUUCAGAAAUAUUUUUUAAGAUAUACGGAAUGGAUAUAAUAUCAAAUAUUUCCAACCGUUUCGUAAAAACCUUGGUAGUAAGCAAAGUGAAAAACAAGGAAAAUGUGGCAAAAGAAACCACUUUUACUGUUGUAUUACCGGAUAAGGCCUUUAUUUCUGAGUUUGUCAUGGAAAUUGGUGGAAAAAGUUACAAAGCAUACGUAAAGGAAAAAGAGGAGGCGAAACAAAUUUAUGAUGAGGCGGUCGCUAGUGGACGAAGUGCUGGGCACGUUGCUGUCAGUACAAGGAACUCGAACAAAUUCACAGUAUCUGUGAACAUAGAACCAGAAUCAAAAGUAAUAUUUUUUCUGACGUAUGAAGAACUCCUUGAACGUAAAAACGACCAGUAUGAAUUGAUCGUCAAUAUUCAUCCUGGUCAGAUCGUGAAAGAUUUGAAUGUGAAGGUGCAAAUAAAUGAGAACAGACCACUAAAAUUCGUUAAAACCCCCUCGUUGAGAUCUGGAAAUGAAAUCAGCAACAAUGAAGAUAAAUUGAACCCAUCAUCUGAUAUACAGAUAAUAAAUUCUACAACAGCUGUAGUCAAAUUUAAUCCAGAUUCAGAAGACCAAAGACAAUUUGCUCAUCACCUUGGGAAUAAGGAAUCUGAUGGCUUAUCUGGACAAUUUGUGGUUCAAUAUGAUGUAGAGAGAGAUCCUUAUGGCGGGGAGGUACUGCUUCAAGAUGGAUAUUUUGUACACUUCUUUGCCCCUAGCGACUUGGAACCGCUACCAAAACAUGUCCUACUCGUGCUAGAUUCUAGUGGUAGUAUGGGUGGUAGGGAAAUUGUACAGUUGAAAGAUGCUGUGAAAAGCAUACUAAACGAAUUGAGAGAGCAAGAUAUAAUAAGCAUUAUAUAUUUUGGUAGUUCUGUUUCCGUAUGGGACAUAGCUCAAGAAAUAAGAAUACCGAUAAGGGAAGUACAUAAUUUCAAUUAUGAGGAGCCAUUUGAUCAACUAAAUUUACCAGCUCCAUCAACAGCUGACAAUCGAACUUUAAUUAAAGCAAAAAGACUCAUCGAUAGCCUUAGGGCUGAUGGUGGCACCAAUAUGAUUGGUGGCCUGGAAGCGGCUUUAUAUUUGGUAAAAAUAGGACAGGAUCAUCCCAAUGACAAAAAAUGUCAACCGAUCAUAAUAUUUUUAACAGACGGCCUACCAAAUAUUGGCAUAUAUUCCACAGAAUCAAUUACAGACAUUGUAACACGUUUGAAUGCUGCCAAUAAUAAGAUUCCCAUAUUUUCUUUGUCUUUCGGAGAAAUGGCUGAUAAACAAUUUUUAAAGAAAUUGUCUUUAAAGAACCAGGGAUUCUCCAGACACAUAUAUAAAGCUGCUGACGCUUCUUUACAAAUACAAGAGUUUUAUAAACAAGUGUCCUCUCCACUAUUGUCCAACGUUACAUUUAAAUAUAACGCCGAAGUCAAGGAUGUCACCAAAAGGACAUUCCCCAUAUACUUUAAAGGAUCUGAACUUGUUGUAACUGGAAGAUAUGACAAUUUGGAUUCGAAUAUUAACAUUGUCGAACCAAUAAGUUGUUUUGACAUUGGACCAAAAGUUUUACAACCUACAGUAGGGAAGCCAGUGACGUCCUUGGAAAGACUCUGGGCCUACCUAACCGUGAGGCAGUUGUUGGAUGAGAGGGAAUUAGCUGACAAUAAAAAGGAAUUGACGAAGAAGGCCUUAGAUCUUGCUCUUAAAUAUUCCUUCGUGACCGACAUUACAUCUCUUGUUGUCGUCAAACCAAAUGAAAUCACCAGAAUUAGUACGGAGGAUGCCUAUAAUGAAGGUAGACUGUCACGGGCAGAUUUCGAUUCAGGUAAGUUAUUAAUAUCACUUUGA